GACCUCGUUUCACAGGAUCCCUCGGUUGAGGAGAUGAAAACGAUUGUUUGCGAGCAAGGACUUCGUCCCAUGAUACCCACUGUCUGGUCGAAACACCACGUUUUGGUUACCCUACAGGACAUCAUGUCCGAAUGCUGGUAUCCAAGUCCGACAACACGUUUGCCGGCUUUACGUGUGAAAAAAUCUCUGGCUGCUUUACGUCUGCAAUUGGAUUUGAAUCCGAACCUCUCUGUACGGCCCCCGUUAUCCAUAGUCCCACCGGAAGCACAACAAGGUCUACCUCCAGAAAUCAUCUAUUAUCCACGUGUCCGAUUGCCUGAUUUGACCCGGAAUGGGACGAAAGCCGCCACUCCCGUUGUUGGAACGACUGCAACAACGGUCCCAACACCUGCGACGGCAGAUGCAAAUCAACCAGCCAAUUGGUCUCAACGGGAAGUAGAUCAGUACCCGACCUCUGAACCCAACUCCCGACCAGACAGUCCAAGUCUGUGUGAGAAACAGCAUUUAUUAUCAUCGCAUGUGGAGCCUCUGGUUGAGACGAAAAAUCUAUGA